GCCUGAUCCGCUGCGCAUGUCGAUUCGAUCCGCUGUUCCGAUUCGAUGCUGACUGCUCCUGCCCCCACCUUUCGGAGGUUGAUGGACCUCCUACAGUGACACGUCGAUUAGUGAAUUGGCCGUUUUCGGUUCGCGAGAGGGCGUCGCGGCCGUCAUUUUUGCGGGUCCGGGUCCGUCGGUUUCGGUCCCAGGCCGUUCUCACUAAAGGGAGGUUUACGAAAGGGAUGUUUGUCCACCGCCGACCCUUCUGCAGAGGCGCCUUCGGGGUCGUCCGGCUGUGCCAGUCGACACGGUCGGGGGAGCUCCUGGCGCUGAAGCAGGUGCGCUUGGCUGGCGGGUGCGGCAGGGCACCGGGCGAGAGCAAGGAUCUCACCACGCGGCCCGUGUGCUUGGAGCAAGCGCUCGCGGAGGCGGAGGCUCUCUCGAGUGCCGCGCGCCACCAGGAGGAGUGGGUCGUCGGCCUCCGCGUGGCCUUCCAGGACGCCAGCUCCUUCUACAUGGUGAUGGACUACGUGCCCGGUGGUGACCUCGUCACGCACCUUCAGGUCUUAGAUACCUUCAACGAGGUUCCUGCGCACAUCUUGGCCGUCUCGGCUGCCGACCCGCUCAAGUCGAAGGCCAAGGUUGAGCUUUAUCCUACGGCUGCGCCUACCUCGCCUGCGACCCGGGCUAUGCUCCUUAACGCGCUCGAGGUUACUGUCCACGAGAAGAACGUGGGCCCCAUGGUGACAAAGGUUCGGAACGCCCGCGCGCACCUCCAGCAGCACGAGAAACACCUGCAGGACGAGCGGACCAACCUCCAGAGGAACGAGAGGGACCACCAGGGCGUCCUCCCCGUGCUGCAGACGCUAGAGGUGAAUCGCUACGCGAGAGGAUUAUCCGCGCUUGGUGUCGCCACGGAGCCCUGGGUGUUCAGCGCGUACUCGCGCUUCUGGGUGACCAGUGCUGGCCUGGGGAUGAUUCGGGGCACAGGGGCAGACGUGGAGCGCGGCUUGGGGGAUGACCGGAAGCGCCUGCUGCGAUUGGGCGGAGAGCUCGAGGUCCAGGUCCCGGCCGGACCCGACGUCGAAGGCAUCAGAAACCUUUCGCGGAGCCUCAAGGUUGCCGCGAUCGCGAUCGACUUCCACCCCCGUCAUUCUGCCAAAAUCUGCGAUCAAGGGCUCAGCGUCUUCUUAGGGAUAUUCAUUGCGAUGCACAUCCUCGGGGAUGCGCCAUCCAUUGUGAGACAGCUUAUUGUGGCCCUUUAUAGAAUGCCUAAGGAGGGCAGGCGCACCAUAGGCCCCUGCGAGGCCGCCUUCAUCUGGCUGCACGGGGUGAACGACCGGCCGCAGAACUGGGGCCAGAGCUUCAAGAAGUUGCGGAACUCAUCCUCGCCGCGGUGGAAGCACGUGUACCUCAAGGGGGCCAAGCUCCCGCAGCCGUGCAUGGCCGGGAAGAAGGUUCUAGCCUGGGGAAAGCUGUACAGUACGGACACGCUGCGAGUGGGUGGAAUCGACCACGAGGAUCCCGACAUUGACGGCUUCUACCGUUCGGCUGGGAGCGCAAUUCAUGAUGUUGUGCAGGCCCUGCAUCGAGACGACGGCGUGCCAGAAGGCAGAGUGCUGAUCGGCGGGUUCUCCCAGGGCGGGGCAGUCGCUCUGCAGACAGCCCUCACGUACCCGAGGUGCUUCGCGGGCUGCGUGUCGCUCUCCUGCUGGCUCACGCCCCACGCGCGCUCGCUGCUGGCCGUCGGGGCGGCGGCCCACUGCUGCCCCAUCUUCAUCGGCCACGGGGCCGCGGACGAGAUUGUCGGCCUGGACUGCGCCUCGGCUGCCGCGCUCGCGCUGCGGGAGGCGGGCGCCAGGCUGCAGUUCGAGACGUACGAGGGCGGCAAGCACUGGCCCGUGACGCCCGAGCUGAAGGACGCGGGAUGCGCGUGCCUCGCGCCGAGGGAUGCCGAGGAGGGCGGCACCGUCACAACGGCGAGCCUCACGAUUGUGAGGCGCGGGGAGCUGGUGACUCGGCUUCAGAUCAAUGUCCAGGCCCGCGACCCGCUGGCUGCAAUUACCUUGGGCGUGCCUGAGGCCCCGUCGGCACCCUCGCGCAGCGGGACCCCGGCACACCCGCACUCGCUGGCCGGCAGCCCAGCGCAGCCGGGGCUCUGCUUCAGCCCCGCGCGGGGCGUCACGCGCAUGCAGUCCGCAGGCUCGGCCCAGCCGUCCCACGCUGCAGGCGUCGUGGUGAAGUCUUCGCCGACGAGGAGCUACAGCUGUGCGACUUCCCCCAGCGGCGCACUCCUCGGCCCAGCCAGCUCGGCUGCUGAGGGCAGUGGGAAGGCAAGGGUGCUGUGCAGGAUGGCGAGCACCUGCGACGAGCGCGCAGGCAGCUCUCCGGCGGAGGAUCCCGCCGCGAGGAUCCUGUUCGGCUCCCUGUCGGCCUCCCGCGUGCUCGCCCCGAUGACGGGCGCCUGCGUCGGCAGUCCGCAGUCCGCCGGCAGAGCGGCCGUGCGCAGUGGCGGGCCGUGGUGCGUCGAGAGGACGGUGCGGCUCUCGCCCGAGGACGAGCAGCAGGACUUGGUGAAGCGGGCCCUGCGCUUCGACAAGAGCACCGUGAGCUCCGUGGGCACUGCCAUCGGGCAGCUCAACAGGGCCGCCAUCCAGUGCGAUUCUGGCCUGUGUGUUGUCUUCUCGAUGUCGGCGCAGGCCAACUUCCUCCUGUACCGGCAGGACCGGGAGCAGGACGUGGCCAGGGCCGGGAUGCAGGCCGCUGGCCGGACGGCUGCGCCCCCCACGGUCGGGGCCAUGACCCCGGCGCCGCCGCGGCCGUCGUGCCUGGGCCCAGACCACCCGCGCCCGAGCCUUGCCGGGUGCGGUGCUGUACCGGUGGCGGCGAGCCCGCAGUUGCCGAUCCGGCGCCUACGUUUCGAUUCCCCGGACGCCAGGCCGCCCAACCAGCUGGCGCAGCAGCCCCGCUCGCCGAAGGCCUCGACGGGCGAGGUGACCCCCAGGUCUGUGACCCUGGCGCGUGUGGAUGAGAGCGUCUCGGCUACGCCAGCCCUUCCAGGGAGCCCGGCACGGACCAAGGCGAGCUGCAAGCUGUCCACCCUGUCGGAGGAAGUGACGCUGACGAUGUCGCGCCUGCCCCUGAGCAAGGCGGCGCUGAAGCACGGAGACGCGCUGGAGACACCGCAGCACGGUGGCUUCUUCACCCCGAGAUCCCUCAAGCACUUGCCUUGCUCGCCGACGAAAGACACGGCGCAGCGUGCCAUGACCUUGAGCCCGAAGGCGACGGAGUGCUACCAUGAGAUCUCGGCCUCUCCGAUCAGAGCAUCUUUCGCCGCCCUCUCCCGGGAGGAGCAGCCCUCGAAGCCGGAGGCGAACGACGGGAAGACGUUCACGAUCGGCGGUCGCCAGUUCGGUUUCCUCGACGUCAUCGGCCGCGGGGCGUUCGGCGUCGUGUGGCGAGCGCGAGAGCAGGACGCCAGCGGCGAGGACGUGGCGGUGAAGGUCAUCACAUGCACGGACGCCGCUGGCUUCGCCAACGCCACGUUCGAGGCGGAGCUGCUCCAGAUGCUGAGCGCCGCGCGGAGCCGCAUGCACAGCCACAUCCCCCGGUAUGUCGCCCACUCCGCCGCGAAGGAUGCCGACCCGAGCAGCGGUGGCGUCGUGCGUUUGGCCAUGUCGUAC